AUGGCAUAUAAGAGAUCAUUUUCCAACAAGAACACCUCAGACACAUCCAGCUCUAAUGAUAAAGUAAUUGAGCUUGAUAAAAAGAAGCAAAUUACGGUUCGUAAAUUCAACAAUGUGAACUUAGUUGAUAUAAGAGAAUUCUACGUUGAUAAAGAUACCAAUGAGAAGAAACCCGGAAAAAAGGGAAUAUCUUUAACUGAAGAUGUCUGGUUGAAGCUAGUACAAUCGUCGAGCGAUGUUCAAGACGCAUUGGAUGUGCUAAACGGGGUUGAGCCAAGCAGAAAAAAGGCGAAACAGACGGAAAACAAUGACGAUGAUGCUGCUGAUGCUAAAGCUGAGGCCAAUAAUGAGGAUCAAAAGACUGACACGAAGGAAGAAGAGGACGUGAGUGACGAAGAUGCCGAGUAA